AUGGCGGACCCCGAGGGCGCAGCGGAGGGGCCGUUAGUGGGCGCGGUGGUGCAGGGAACCAAUUCUACCCGCUUUCUGGUGUUCUGUGCAAAAACAGCAGAGCUGGUGAGCUUCCACAAGGUGGAGGUGGCCCGGGAGUGCCCGCAGGAAGGAUGGGUGGAGCAGGACCCCAAGGGGAUCCUUCAGUCCGUGUACGAGUGCAUCGAGAAGACGUGCGAGAAGCUGGGCGAGCCCAACAGGAUCAAAGCCAUCGGGAUCAGCAACCAGAGGGAGACCACCGUGGUCUGGGACAAGUUCUCGGGGGAGCCGCUGUACAACGCCAUCCUCUGGCUUGACCUGCGGACCCAGAACACGGUGCAGACUCUGGGGAGAAAGAUCCCGGGCAACAACAACUUCGUCCGCUCCAAGACGGGCCUGCCGCUGAGCACCAACUUCAGCGCAGUGAAGCUCCGCUGGCUCAUCGACAACGUGAAAGAGGUGCAGGACGCGAUGGAGGAAGAAAGGGCCUUUUUCGGCACCAUUGACUCGUGGCUCAUCUGGAACCUGACGGGAGGGGCUCAGGGAGGCGUGCACUGCACCGACGUCACAAACGCCAGCCGAACGAUGCUCUUCAACAUCCACACCUUGGCCUGGGACAAACAGCUCUGCAAUUUCUUUGACAUCCCCAUGAACAUUCUACCCAGCACCUGCAGCUCCUCCGAGAUCUACGGCCUGAUCAAGGGCGGCGCCCUGGAGGGGGUGCCCAUCUCCGGGUGUCUGGGGGACCAGUCGGCCGCGUUAGUGGGACAGAUGUGCUUCGAGGAAGGCCAGGCCAAAAACACGUACGGCACGGGCUGUUUCCUCCUCUGCAACACGGGCCAGAAGUGUGUCUUCUCGGAGCACGGCCUCCUGACGACCGUGGGCUACAAACUCGGCAAGGAAAAGCCGGUCUUUUAUGCCUUGGAAGGGUCCGUGGCGAUCGCCGGGGCGCUGGUCCGGUGGCUGCAAGACAACCUGGGAAUUAUCCAGGCCCCGGAGGAAAUCGACGCUCUGGCUGCGAGUGCCGGCACGUCGUACGGCUGCUACUUCGUCCCGGCCUUUGCAGGGCUGUACGCGCCGUACUGGGAGUCCAGCGCCAGGGGCAUCCUCUGCGGGCUCACCCAGUUCACCAACAAAAGCCACAUCGCCUUCGCGGCCCUGGAGGCCGUGUGCUUCCAGACCCGGGAGCUCGUGGAUGCCAUGAACCACGACUACGGCACGCCGCUCACGCAGCUGCGCGCCGACGGGGGCAUGACCAAGAGCAACGUGCUGAUGCAGCUGCAGGCCGACAUCCUGCACAUCCCCAUCCUCAAGUGCGGCAUCCCCGAAGCCACGGCGCUGGGGGCCGCCCUGGCGGCGGGCGCUGCCGAGGGGGUGAAUGUCUGGAGCCUGAAACCCGAGGACUUGACGCCCAUCGAGGCGGAAGAGAUCGAGCCGCAGAUCCAGGCCGAAGACAGCAACGCGCGGUUCAGCACGUGGAAGAAAGCGGUGCUCAAGUCCAUGGGCUGGGUGACCCCGCCCCUGCCCGAGGGCGGUGACGGUUCCGUCUUCUCCAGCUUGCCCUUGGGGUUCUUUGUCGUGAGUAGCAUGAUAAUGUUGAUCGGAGCAAGAUACGCCAUGAGUUUGUGA